AUGGCCAAGCCUGAGGGCUCGCCAUGCAGGUGGAGGAGUGGUGGCAGAGCAAGGGCACAGGGUGGUGGGGACACAGAGAUGCUGGGUACAUUGGAUGGUAAGGAUGUGGGGAACACCAGGGAUGGCGGAGGACAUGGGGUGGUGAGGAUGCAGGGAUGCCAGGGACAGCAGGCGGUUAGAACACGGGGAGGUGUGGGACACCAGAUGGUGGGGUCUCCAAGGACACCUGGAAUGUUGUCUUUCCAAGCCCAACACAUUCCGCCCUGGCACUGCAGCUGCCAGCAGCAGAUGGAGACCUGGCCGCACUCUUUCUUUGCUCAAGUCGUGGCAUCGGACAACGCUGCCUUCCAAAAAAAUCUUAUAAGCAUGGAUAGCAAGAAUGAAGCCUCUCAGCAAAUGCGUAGUUGUAAGGAGUCAAAUGUAGCAGCACGCAAAUUGAAUGAUAUUCCAGAAGCACUGCAAGAGGCCAGAAACCACCUUGGGGAUGGAGCAGCAGAAAAUAUAAUGGAGAGAAUAAAAAUGGCAAAGGAAAAGAAGGAAAAACAAAGUAACGAUGUAGACACAGCAAGCCGUAAACGGAAAUCAGAAAACAACGAAGAACUAGCUGUGGAAAAAGAAGAGACGUUAGAGACUGGUGAUCGGUCAAUCCCAGCACCUCUGCCUCAUAUUCCUCUGAAAAGUCUAGUGGACAUAGAAAUGGAGUUGGUCUAUGCUGAUGAGGAGGACGUUUCCUUCGAGUUUGCUGAGCCUGUGAUGUCUACGAGCACGCAACCAGCGCGCCGUGGUUCUAAAGGAGCAGAUGCUCCGAGCGCACCUCAGGGCAGCGCCUUGCCCCGGAUCGACAAGCGGCUCCAGGGGACCCUCCGGGAAGCCAGCACUUGCUACAGGCAGAAGAACUACGCAGCGGCCGCGGAGCAGCUCUCAGCAGCACUGGAGCUUUGCAGUAAAGGUGCUGCUAUAGACGAUCCCUUUGAGUCAUCUCCAGAAGAUAUUUCCAGUAUUGCCAGUUUUAUUGAGACAAAGCUUGUAACCUGCUACUUAAAACUGAGGAAGCCUGACGAUGCUCUGAAUCAUUCGCACAGGAGCAUUAUUCUGAACCCAGCCUAUUUCCGGAACCACCUGCGCCAAGCUGCUGUGUUCAGGUGUUUAGAGAGAUACUCGGAAGCUGCAAGGAGCGCCAUGAUUGCUGACUAUAUAUACUGGCUGACAGGAGGCACUGAGCAGCGUAUAAGCAAGCUCAUCAAACUGUAUUGGCAGGCGAUGAUUGAAGAAGCCAUCACCAGAGAAGAAUCUUUUUCGGUUAUGUAUACGCCAUUUGUGACGGAAGUCAAGGCUGACAAAAGAAACGAGAUAAAGGACAUGUUUGCUAAAAAGCACCCUGACUACGCGGUGCACAUCUACACAGAUCCUCACGGACUUCACACCUUGCCACAGACAGCUGAGUGGCCGUCUCUGCCUCCCCAGCAGUACUUACUGACUCUGGGUUUCAGAAACAAAUACAUUGGAAAAAUCUUGGAGAGGUGGUCAAGUAGAAAACUGCCAAUCUUUUCAGACCGGAAAGCACCUUUCUGUCCUCCCACAAAAGAAGAAACAAAAAGAUAUUGGGAUAACACUGGGAAAAAGAUCGUGCCAGUGAUGGAUUUUAUAAGCAGCACCAAAUUAACUGACAAUCUCUGUGCGUGCUCACGUGGGAUAGAGAAGUUGCAUUACGCCAGCCUCCUCGGCCGUUUGCAGAGAGUCGAGGAACAGUCCCAAGUGAUUAAUCAAGCGAUGGCUGAGCUAGCAACCAUUCCCUACCUGCAGGACAUCAGUCAGCAGGAUGCCGAACUGCUGCAGUCGCUAAUGGCAGAUGCCAUGGACACCCUUGAAGGAAGAAGAAGUGAUAAAGGACGUGUGUGGAAUAAAAUCCAGAAGAUUGGACUAAUUGAAGACUACUUAUACCAAGCAGAAGACAAUUACUUAAAGAACAAAAGGCUGAGAACAGCUAGGAUGGAAAAAAGGAAAAUGAAGAGGACUCAAAGUACACAGCACUCUUACGGCCUAGGAGAUACCAACCUGUCCGUUACCAGCCCCAAAGGCAUGGCCACACAGUGA